AUGUUGGGGGAACUAAUAUUUCUUCUGAGGAGUUUCCAUGGGGUACUUGCUGCUUCUGGCGCCCUAGGUGCAGUUGUGGCUUGGCUGAUAGGCUAUAAGCCAGUCUUGUUUGGAUUCCUCUUCCUUCUGCUGUUGCUUAGCAACUGGCUGGUCAAGCAUGAAUUCAAGCCCAUAAAGGAGGAUGCCGAGAAACCAAAGGCUUUAGAAAAAAUCCUCAGCAAUAAAGCCACAAACAAGAAAGAAAUGGAGAAAGUGAAUGCUUCCUUCACCCUCCAGGACAAGGUCCUUGAACGGCUGUUGUUCAGUGAGAUGAAGCUGAAGGUCUUAGAAUAUCAGAUGUUCAUCAUAUGGAAUAAAAUGAACCAUCACCGGUGGAACAGCAGACACCGGAACUUCUCUAGGAGGAGGGACAGGAAAAGGAGGAACGAGUCCUUUUUCUCUACCAUCUCUAACUGUACUACCAACUCCCCCACUGAAUGUGAUUGA